AUGUAUUUAUUUGUCACUGUUGGAUCAACUAAAUUUGACGAAUUAAUUAAAUUCAUUGAUAAUGAAGAAUUUCAUUUUUUUUUGAAAAAAAAGGGAUUUGCAUAUAUGACUAUACAAAUAGGCAAUGGUUCAUAUAUACCUAAAUUAAUAUAUAAAAAUAAAGAAGAUAAUAAUUUGUUAAAAAAGGUAGAUUAUUUUACGUUUAAAAGUAGUUUGGAUUAUUUUUAUGAAAAAUGUGACUUAGUUUUAAGUCAUGCAGGAGCAGGAACAACAAUUGAAUGCUUAAGAAAAAGAAAGAAAAUUUUGAUUGUCGUUAAUACAAAUUUAAUGAAUAAUCAUCAAAUGGAAUUUGCUGAAUAUAUGUAUUCUUGCAACUAUUUAGAAAUAUGUAAAAAUUUAAAUACUUUAAAAGAUAAUAUACACACAUGUCUGAAUAAAAAAUAUAAGAUUUUCCCAAAACCAAAUAUUCAAAAUUUUUUACAGGAUAUAAAUAAUUUAAUGAAUAAAUAA